CUCUGAGGGCAAUGUGAGUCCAGCACUUUGCAAACCAAAAUACCAGUUUGUGAGCAAAAUGAUGUAGUAGUUAGUGCAGCGGUAAGGACAAUAGCAGAGAGCAGGUGUUGCAUGUUUUUUAAAUGGGAAAUCUGUUGGGCAGCUGGCGUUUCAAGGAGCCGAGCACCGUUGAGGAAUGCGACUCGACGUGGGGGUCGGACUCCGACAGCGACGAGCCGGCGGCUGAAGAUGACAGCGGCAUCUCGGACUCCGUCAGCCCGGCGGAGAGUGACCGGGCCACCGGGGACCCCGGGGACACGUCCCCGCAGCUGACUGAAUCUCCAGAGUCUAUUCCAAAGAUGAAGAGGAGUUUCUACGCUGCCAGGGACCUCUACAAAUACCGUCAUAGCUACCCGAACUACAGAAAGUCCCGGCAACCCAAUGAGUACCGUAACCUGCGCUUCUACCUGAACAAGAUCCCGCUAGUACCUGAUGGUAUCUACAUAGAAGAGAUCCUGACUAAGUGGAGAGGCGACUAUGAAAAACUGGAGCACAAUCACACCUACAUUCAGUGGCUGUUUCCGUUAAGAGAACAAGGGCUCAACUUCUACGCACAUGAACUGACUCAGGACGAGAUCAAAGAAUUCCAAAGCACUCGGGAAGCUAAGCGCAGAUUCCUGGCGGCCUAUUCCCUGAUGUUGGACUUCUAUGGCAUCAAACUGCUGGAUAAGAGUGGGAAUGUUGCUCGGGCUCCCAACUGGCAGGAGCGCUUCCAGCACCUUAAUGAGUCCCAGCACAACUACCUGCGGAUCACUCGCAUCCUGAAGUCCCUGGGCGAGCUUGGCUAUGAGGCCUUCAAGGCCCCUCUGGUUCAUCUGUUCCUGGAGGAGUCGCUGUGCCACAACACCAUUCCCAACAUGCAGCACAGCGCCUUGGAGUACUACGUGUACACCAUCCGCCUGCCAGCCACCCGCAGACGCCUGCUCCGCUACGCCCGCCAGCACUACAAGCCUGCCCACGCCUUCCUCUGGGGUCCGCCACCUAAAAGGCGAGGUGGUGCUGGUGUCAGUGUCGGAGGCAGUGUAGGUGCUGGGAGUAGUGGGAUCAGAGCACCUGCUCCAACACCAGAGCAACAGAGGAGGGGGGAGGAGAGCACCGCAUCUGCCAGUAGUGGGAUUAUUGUGUCUUCCCAUGAUGCCAUGACAUGCCAGGACCUGGCUGGAGGAGGGCUAAAGGGCUGCGCAGGACUCAGCUCUGAUAUGGCAGGACUGGAGGGAGCGUUGAUGAUGGUGGGAGCUAGAGGAGAGAGGAACGAGUACACUGAGAUUGUUCCUCUAUAGGGGAAAGGGUUUGACUGUUCUCUGGUUUUAACACCAGAAAACAAAACAGCUAUUUUUAAAAUUAACCGGUUUAAUUGUAACAUUAAAAAAAUCAUUGUUUAUGCCACAACUUUAUUCUUAGCAGAGUUACUUGUGGACGCUGGAACUUAAGAUCAAGACAGUAAUACUAAAACGCAUUUAUAGAGUCUGACAAAAUUGUCAUUAGUCAAUUCAGUUUAAGGGCUUACCAUAAACAACUAUAUUUCCUCGCUGAUGAAUCAGUGCAACUCUGUAUUGAAUAUAGCGUGGGACUGAGAUGGGAGGUCAUAUCCUGAGCCAAGCUGAACAAACUCGCCUUGGACCAAAUCCCAAAACCGUCUAAAAACCAGUGGAGACCCAAACACGUGUUACAAGGCCUUUCCUCAUCAGGGCUAUGAUAAUGAGACAACUUAGUCAGCCUUAUUGAAUGUUUAGGUCUGAUAUGUGGGUACUGAUACUGAGGACCAUGUUAGAACCAAAGUGCUGAUUGGCCUGUUGGUCUUGUGAUGGUUUUGGGAAACAAAGUCCUGUCUGUUCAUCAAACUCUGUAGCUGGAGCUCCACUGAGCAACAAGCUGGACUGUGUUCACUUCGUACAGGUGCUGAAAAGUGGAAAUUAUAAUGUGAAGAAGGAGAUCAGGGAGAAAUUAUUAUUAUUAUUAUUAUUUUUUACCCAGAUCCUGUAAAAGGACAUAAUGAACACAUAAGAGAGGAAGAGUGAAAAAGGCUCAUGUGUCAUAGCAAUACUUUGGAAACAUAUUUUUGAGACUGAUUUGAAAUCUUCAGUCUGUUGUUGAUAGUAACAUGCACAACUCAAUAUAUAUCUGCUUGGCUAUUUUACUGCCCACAAGUUGAAGGUAGCCGCUCCCCCCGAAAUAUUGUACAUAACGAUAGAGCAAAAAUCAAGACUUAUUAGUGAUGUGUUAUCUAGAAGAAAUAGUUAAGAAUAGAGAGGCUUUUUAGUGACAUCACUACUCUCCUGUAAUCUAUGACUGGCACCGUGGAGGGCCACUGGAAAGGCAGCUAUGUGCAAAUGAUGGCUAAAUAUAGCAUCUAACAAUAGGUCAAGCUGCUGCUGCUGUUUCAAGGCAAAGGGAGCAGUGUCGAUAGAAAGAUGUGUUUCAAAAUGUAGGUUACUCUGACUCAGUAAACGCUCUUUCUUCGCUCAGUUUUUAAUAGAUAAAAACAUGUAAUAACUCAAAUGCAUUCCACAGAGCCUGACAGUAAGUCCACUGAAGAAUUGACGUUCAGUGCAUUUGCUAUGUCCACUAUGGUUUUGAAAUCUAUGGAGCCCCUAAAAUCCUGAGAGGUGAUUUUUUUGUGCACACAAGAAAACUUGUUACUAUAAAAAAAUAACUUGUGCACACUAGAAAAUUUACAUGGUCCCACAAGUUAAUUAUAUUAUAGUAACAAGUUUUCUUGGGAACAAGAUAUUUGACUUAUUCCCACAAGUACAUUAUAUUGUGCGCGCAAGUUACUACCUUGUAGGAGCAACAUAAUAACUUGUUCCCACAAGAUAUUAACUUGCUUCCGCAAGAAGUCGUUGGAACAAGUCAAGUAUCUUGUUCCCACAAGAUUGUUGCCUCGUAAGAACAAGUCAUUUAUCUUGUGUGCACAAGUUAUCUUCUUGUGGGAACAAGUUCUUUUCCUGUUCCCACAAGAUAAUGGACUUAUUACCACAAGUUAAUUAUCUGGUGGGAACAAGUCAAUUAUCUUUAGGGAACAAGAUAAUUGACUUGUUCCUUUAAGUUAAUUUUCUAGGAACAAGAUAGUAACUUGUUCCCACAAGAUAAUUCAUUAUCUUGAUAUCUUGAUCUGAUUAUCACCUUUCAGGAUUUUACAGGCUGUGUAGAAUCCAAAAUGCUUUCACACAUUAUGUUUCAGCGGUUUGCUAAUUUCCUCCAUUCUGUGUUACUGAAGUGAAUGACACUUGUCUAGUUUAUUGAGGCCAACAGGGCAUGCAUUAGAUCAUAGUGCAUUUUACAGAUGCCUCACACUGGAGUCAUGACAUCGUGUGCUGCAGUUGUGAAUAUUGAAUUCCAACAGAUCAUUACAGAUUCGAUAUUUAACCUCUUCCAUGUUCAAAUUUUAAAUUAAAGGUGACUGUGUCAUAGCUAACACACUGACUGCUAUCAUUAGUAAAAUGCUUUUUUCAGCUGCUGUUAGGCUACCAAUAGCAUAAAACCUCCAAUAUGGCCACCACAGAGUGUGUUGUGUCACCUAAAAGCCCUCUAUAUUAACUAACCAAGGUGAUUGGAUGUGAACUGUGACUAAUGUGAUCAAACAAUUGAUGUGUGGUGUGUUGCACUUUUUUGACAAUCUGUGUCUUCCUGUUGAAAGCGCUGUAGGUUUCUCCGAAUCACUGAUUUAGAAACAGAUCUUCAGAUAUACAACAAAUACAACAAACGGUCAGGAACUUCCAGCAUCAUGAACGUGAUUGAUUGUUCUCAUAGUGUCUAACCUUGCAAUAAUUUGACGGUAAUCUCAACGAGGCUGCAUGUAGUGGGCAGUGAUACUGUUGAUGUUAUCCCUCUGAAUCAGACAACUUGUACAAGUGCAGCUGCUGAUAUUAUUGUCAGAAUUUUAAAAUGUUAAAUUUUGUUCAUUUACAUGCCAAAAAAUACCCCAUACAAUGUUAUUUCCCCCGGAGCAGUACUCUGAUAAGGGUGCAGGAGUCACUACAUUAGCACUAAUAAGGCUACAGUAAUUGAACUCUCCCCUGAAAGACUUGUUCUUUUUUUAGGUUUAGCAGCUGCUUAAGAAAGUGAAGCUGAUUUUACACUCACCUCUGACAUGCUGUUAACAAACAUAUCAUCACCCUCAUCAUAUCAGAGGUUGGCAGCAUCACCUUGCUUGUGUUUCGUUUUUAUAUGAAAGGCCAAUAUUAGCCUGACACAUCAGGAAGUGUGUAUUGCUCUGUCCAGUCAGCCAAUAGGAACUCGGCACAGGCCUACACAGACAAGUUAAGGCCGUUUUGUUUAAUAUUAGGUAACAUUUCAAACACAUUUAAGUUUCUCAUUGCAAUAUAUAUUUGUGAUAGAAAAUAAAAAGCCAUGUGAGGUGUGAGACAGCAGUGAUUGGGAAUUUAAACACUCCUUCCUGACUUCCUGUCAGCUGUUCUUCCUGUAGGAUGAGGCCUUUUUAUCAUUAGCUGACAAGGCCUCUACAUUGCUCCCCAGCCAAGUGUAUCUGAUAUAAUUGUAAAAAUAACUUUUCAGGUGAAUUGUGUGAAAAAAUGGGCUCAAGUAUCUGAAUUUUUAGUGUGUGUACAUAUGUGUGUGUGUGUGUGUGUGUGUGUGUUUGUGUGUGUAUGUCUGAUAUUAAGUGCCUUUUUUGUAUUUUUUAUGUUUAUCUGUAUGCUGUAAGGAGUGUCUUUCCCAACUGAUUUCCUGAACAUCCUCUUUUUUGUACAGCAUUUUGAUAUUUACAUUAUUGUUUGCAUUAUAGUCACUUACAGAAUGAGCAUUCAUGUACAGUAACAGCAGGAAUAAGUCCAAUAAGAGCUGGUGAAGAGGAGAGGUUCAUUAUAUGUAAUACUUGAAACUGUUUGUAUCUGGCUUAUUGAUUAAAAUGUGAUUGUUCCCCAGAUGAAUAUUCACUUUGCUUGCUGGACAUAAAAGGGCCACAAUAACUGGACAUUUGCCCAAAAAUGUGAAAUUUGCCAUUCCUAAAUAAAAAUGGGGAUGUGGAUUAA